UUUUCAUAUUAUGUUAAGACAUUCAAGUAGACAGCCUACAAAUAUCUUGAAUGUGAUGUGGAUAUCGACUACUACUUUACAUAGAUAUAGCUGAUCCUGUGCACCUGAAAGCCGAACAAAGAUUGACCUAUAUCGUUGUGCUGGGGCAUUCGAGUCACUUACAAGUUUAUUCUUCUAGUUUCUCGGUUCAUCCGGCGCAUCAAGAGAUGGGAAAUCUUAACACGACACAAAAACAGAGCAGGCGUGCAAAACAUCAAGAAAUGGCAAAAUGCAUUGAAUACGCAAACAAAUUUCAAAUCAUUCACAAUUACGACGAUGCAAUCAAAUCCAUUAAAAGGAGUAUCGARCUUGCUAAACAGMUGGGUGAUCGACAUCACGAAAACCAAGGCCAUCAAAGUUUGCUGAAACUGUAUCCUAMAAUGGGUCGCAUAGAAGAAAUAGAAGGUCRCCUUMGACUUGGGAUUGCUCACCAACGAAAUCGCGAAUACRACAAAGCUGUUGAGAAAUUCCAGAAAAGCAUAAAACUGGCAAAACAUCUUGGAGAUAAGUCUCGUGAAAUAAGAGGGUACUCUUGUCUUGUGGAUCUAUACGAGGAAACAGGCCAGGCAGAGAAUUUUCUUGAGAGCAGCAAAAAGGUAGCGGAAGUCAGCUUAGAAAUGCUUGGAAUCCUCAAGUCCACUGGCAGUCAAAGUACAGAUACACUAUUUACAAGUGUAUUAGAAGGAUGCUUUAAACUUGGAAAUGUAUACUUACAGAGACAGGAAUACGAAGAAGCUGUUAACCUUUUCAACAUGAGCAUUGAUUGUUCAAAACACAUUGGCGCGAAACCGAGGGAAAUGAUUGGUUACUUUUCUCUUGGACGGGCUUAUAAACAUAUUCACCAGCACCAAGAAGCCGUUGAUAACUUUAAGAAAUGUAUUGCAUUGGCCAAGGAGCUCGGUAGUAAACAAGUAGAGAUGCUGACAUAUGAUAUUCUCGGUAGUUCUUACGUGGAAAUGGAAAACUAUGAAGAUGCAAUCAAUUGCUUUGGAAAUAAUCACAUUCAUCUUGCUAGAGAACUCGGAGAUAGCGAAGGGGAACUAUCAUCGUAUCAUAAAUUAGCCAACAUAUACCAACAAAUGCAUAAGUACAACGAUGCUAUUCAUUACAGGAAAAGAGCUUUAGACAAAGCAAUCGAACUCGGUAAUAAACCAAAUGAAAUGCUGGCAUAUUCUUGUGUCGGCAUAACGUUGACCGAAAUGCUCAAAUUCGACGAAGCUGUUUAUUAUACCAAGAAGUGUAUUGAACUAGCCAAGGAACUGAACAAUAAGGAACAAGAAAUGACAUCAAACCUAAUACUUGGCGAUGCUCUCAUGAAUAUCGGCCAGUACGAUGCUGCUCUUGAAUGCACAAAGAGAUCGUUCUAUUUAAUCAAAGAAACUGAUGACAAGCGACAUGAAGUAAUAACAUUGAACACUCUUCUUGAUAUACACCAGAARAUGAAUCCACAAGAAAGCCUUAUGCACUGCAUCAACGCGUUGUGCAAGGAUUUAGCUGAGGAAAGCCCUUGUAAACACCAAGAUAUGCUAUACACAUACUUCGUCAUUGGACGCAAGUACUUCAGCAGUGAUCAAUACCAAACUGCACUCGAAUGUUUCAAAUCUAGCCUUGAUCUCUCUAAYGAAAUUAAAGACAGGCAAGAGAAAAUGAAAAUUCUCGGCUUUCUGAGUGAUAYAUACGAGAAACUUGGACAACGUGACAAUKCAAUUGAGAGUACCAGAAAACAAAUUGAUCUAGCACAUGAUCUGGUUGAAAAAGAAGUAGAAAUGGUCGGAUACGGAUCUCUUAUAGAGAAAUUCCAGGAAAUGCACCAAAAUGAUGAUGCUGUCGACUGUUGUAAGAAAUWCAGUGAAUUGGCUCGACAAAUUGGAGCCAGAGAACAAGAAAUGUUAUUGUUCAAGACCCUGGGAUGUAUAUACCAGGAAAUGCACCAAUAUAAUGACGCUGUUGAAAGCUACCAGAAAAGCCUGGACAUAGCCAAGGAACUGGGUGAUAACGAGGAAGUGGUAAUGGUGGGUGGUACUUUGGCAAAGUUGUACCUGGAAAUGGGAAACCCAGAAGGAGCAGCUUCGACAGUUAUAGAUUUCUACAAUAAAGCAAAAGACUUCAUGAUUGAAUAUCAUCAAGACGAUUCACUCGCUAAAGGAAUGCAAUCUAUAUCAUCAGGAAGGCAUGAUGAAGCCAUAGUUCUCUUUAAGAAAAGUAUCAACCAGGCAAUAGAGAGUGGUAACCUGCAAAAAGAACGCACCGCGUACUGCAACCUGCAGGCAAUUUACCUGGUACAAGCAAAAUAUGAAGAUGCAAUUGCGUGCAUGGAAAAGGUAGCUGGUCUUUCAAGGGAACUCGGUGAUGAACAACUAGAAAUGGAGACCUAUCUUCAAUUAUCUGAAAGCUACGCACAAAAUCAACAGCUUGAUGAGUCCGUAGCAGUUCUAAACAACUACGUAAGUCUAGCACAACAGAAAAGAAACAYGACAAUGGAAAUGAAAGGCUAUUACCAUCUAGGAGAGUUGUAUUUGAAGAUGAGUAAAGAUGYGUUGGCUCACACCAACGUUCGUGAGCUGUUAGAUGCCGAGAGAGCGUCCCAAACGCGCCUCAUCGAUGCGGCAGAAAAUGGUCCCAUCGAAAAAUCUACACGGUCUGAUUCCUGCAUUGGUUUUGCUUUGAAGUGUCUUGAAAUGGCAAAAGACAUUGGCAACAGACAGUACGAGAUGAUGGCGCAUUUCACGUUAUUUGAAGUAUAUUUUCAUACCACUCAAUUUGGCAAUGCUUAUACUAAUGCUACUGAAGGCGCUCAUAUAGCAAAYGAGCUAAACGACGAGAAAAUGAGAAGAAAAUUCCAGAAGAGCUUAGRCCAAAUCAAGAUGUCCAUUACUGACGAUACUCCARAUUUCGACACAGAGAGUGCAUCCCAGGUACCUGAAAAAAUUAAAAGUUUUUAUGAKUUGCUCAAGUUUCCAGAGAUAAAGUUAAAAGCUGAACUUCAUCUGGAUAAAGAAAAGGAAUUGGCCAAGCUUUUGGAGUAUUAUAAUUCGUCGAAAGACUACGAAAAAUGCAUCGAAGUUUUAGAAAAACUCAAAGAAUUGUCAACCAGCAUCGAUAGGAAGGUAAAAUAUAGCAGUCUCAUUGCAGAUUUUAUUUUUCAAGUAAAAGGAGGUUAUGAGGCCUUACAAUACUGCGAAAAGGUAUUACCUGAAGUCAGACAAUCCACCAACGAGGAACAGUUUGACUAUUAUUCAGGCAUUGCCCAAUUGUAUUAUGACAACCUCCAGUUCGAAUUAGCAGUGAAGUAUUUCCGUGAGGCCAUUCAGUGCUUUAACAACAUCUACUUAUCCCUUGGAUACCAUGAAAACAUGAAAAUAUCAAUUACUGACAAAUCUAAGUACAUUGCUUGCGUACGCCAAUUCUCCCGGCUUCUUUUCAUAACUGCACAAUAUGAGGAGGCUAUUUUAGUUCUUGAUCAAUGCCGUGGACGAGUGCUUCGAGAAACGUUGCUKGAAAACUACAAGAUGAGCGMAACAGGCAAAGAACAGCCUUUCCAGUAUUCUGAUGUYSAGUCUCUUCUUUCAACAUGCAAAUUUUCUCUAUUGUUUUACUGGUUUCAAUCCGAUUCAGUACUUACAUUUGUUGUCAAUAAGUUGAAAAAAAAGCUGCCUACUUUUAGCACGAUAUCAUCUGAGCUUCAKCAGAGCAUCAUAUCUGCGUUUGAUAUUCUAGGGSUUCGCCUGGUCAAAUGUGAGGACAGAUCAUUGGAGAGCGCCUUCAACGACAAAGACAUAAACGAGUUCCAUAACGAUGGASAAGUGAAAAGCCAUCAAAGAUACAUUAAUGAGUACAGAGAUUCGCAUGAAAACCUCCAAAUGCCUACUACAGUAGUUUCAACAGCCGAGMAAUCCUCAAACGCUACACAAGAGGAAGCAAGUUCCACAAAUGAAGCGCAUAGUGAUAUGGCAACGUUGGAAAAUCUUGCCGUAAUCAUUCAUACAAUGCAAAAUAUGAAAGGAAGGGAAAKCCAUUCUCUGGAGCAUUUAAAUGAUGACAUUGGUUUACGAGAACGUUGUAACGAACUUUCUAAACAAACUCCAGAAGACUUGGAGAUGGCUGGCAAAUUUCUUCGUGACUUACUAAUUAAACAUCUUGCAAGAAGGUUAAAGCCUGCUGGACCUCAAAAUGUUAGCAAUGAAAUCGAUUGCACCGAUGUGAGACCAUUACAAGUGUCAAGAGAUGGGAAUGCUAAAAGURAGCCAAUUCGAGAUAUGACAAAGAAAAGCCUCGAAAGGAACAUCUAUGAUGAUCCAUGGGAAGAUGAAGAGGUGAAUGGAACUACAAAAAUCUUACAAACCUUAUUCAAGCUGCUCAUCAAUAAGAGUCAGCUGGACCACGACGAAAUUGUCAUCGUUCCCGAUGGUGCUAUAAAUACUGUACCAUUUGCUGCACUACAGGAUCCUGAUACGGGAUACUACCUAUCCGAGACCAAGCGUAUUCGAUUUGCUCCUUCUAUUCAAUCACUAGUUUUGAUGAAACAAAGUCCUGAUGACUUUCAUUAUCAAUCAGGCGCAUUGAUUAUUGGUGACCCCRCCGUCGGACGAGUCAUGUUGAACGGUCGAGAAAGAUUCAUUACACCUCUUGAAGGGGCACGACGAGAGGCAAAUGAAAUCGCCAAUGUACUUGGAGUUCRUCCGUURAUUGGUGAUGGAGCAACGAAAGAAGCUGUGAUCSAGAAGCUGAAGCAAGGCGUGUCUGUUGUCCACAUUGCUGCACACGGUAUCUUGUCAAAAGCUUCAAUCGCUCUGGCACCUAYUGCUGAAGUGAGAUCAGCAAAAACUCCUGAUGAAGAAGACUACAUGCURACCAUGGCAGACGUCCAAAAGGCCCAAGUUCGUGCYAAGUUAGUAGUUUUGGGAUGUUGUCACAGUGGGCGUGGAGAGAUCAAGGCAGAGGGCGUUGUCGGUAUGUGUCGAGCGUUUCUAGCGUCAGGAGCUCGUGCAGUAAUAGGAUCUCURUGGGCCUGUGAAGAUACAGCCACAUUGGUUUUUAUGAAGCACUUUUACUGGUUAUUGAAACAAGGUAAAAGUGCCUGCUUAAGUCUACAAGAAACAAUGCGAUACAUGCGAGACGACACCAUUUUUAGCGAGCCGAAGUUCUGGGCCACUUUUUUCCUGAUUGGAGACGAUGUGACAGUAGAUUUCUAAAAGUCA